AUGAAACCCUGCAAAUCAAACCCCAAGGUGACUCCCUGUGGGGAUGCAAACUUCCACGGCAGCAGUGAGCCUGGCGGUGCGGCAAAGGCCAGCUCUGAACGCCAGGAGAAUGCCGCCAAGCGCAGGCUGGCUGCGAACGCGAGGGAAAGGAGAAGAAUGCAGGGCCUCAACGUGGCCUUUGACCACCUCCGCAAAGUGGUCCCCCAGUGGGGGCAAGACAAAAAGCUCUCCAAGUACGAGACUCUUCAGAUGGCGCUUAGUUACAUCAUGGCCCUAACAAGGAUCCUUGCGGAGGCCGAAAGGUACAGCACACAGAAAGGCUGGAUUAACUUCCACGAGGAGCACUUCCACGCUUGCACAGGACAGAAGGUGGCCGUGGAGACUGAUCCCUACGCACCCAGACUUUUCCACUUCCAGCCUGAUCACUACUAA